AUGAUACUUAUAACAAGUACGAACUUUGUUACAAGACUGGAACUGGCUGUCCGUUUUGGGAAAAUAUUAAUCGUUCAAGAGGUUGAUCAAAUCGAAGCUAUUCUAUUUCCUCUCCUGAAGGCUGAUCUGUCACUCCAAGGUCCUCGAGCAACAGUAAAGAUUGGGGAGAAGAGUGUCGACUAUAACGAAGAAUUCCGUCUUUUUAUGACUACUCGUCAGCCUCUAUCCAGUGGUGGCACGGUGCUGCCCGUCUGUGCUACCUCUUUGGUUGCAGUGGUUAACUUCCAGACGACAAGGGCUGGUCUGGUGGGCCAGCUGUUGGAAAUCAGUCUGCAGCACGAAAGAGCUGAGCUCGAGGCCAGGCGACAGGAGUUGUUAAAGGGGGAAGAGGACAAAAAGAUGGAGCUUGCUCAACUGGAGGACAACCUACUCGAGGUAAAAUCUUUGUGCGUCUCUUGCUGUGUCGUAGCAAACAGUAUCAGUGCACUUUCUGUUCCCAAGUUUGUAAAUAUCUUUGGUAAGGGUCACUUGUAUGGCCACCUAAACAGAAAACGAGAGCAACAGUAG